GAACAUGUGAAAUAGCUAAGAAAAACUCGACUGCAUAUGGAUGUAAGAGUGAAAACAGUGAUUGUUAUGAUAGUUCAAUUGGAUAUGGAUGUUCCUGCAUGCAAGGAUAUGAUGGGAAUCCAUAUCUGAAAGAUGGCUGUCAAGAUAUCGACGAAUGUAUAGAUCGAAAAUCAGAUUAUAGAUGUGCCAAAGAUGCCAUUUGCCAGAAUACAGAAGGGAGUUAUACAUGCAUAUGCCCUCCAGAUUUCAGUGGUAAUGGUACAGUAUGCAAUCGUGACAAUCCUCAGAGAAUAACUCAAAAUAUUUAUUUUGUUCUAGGUGCUACAGCAGGGGUUGCUUUUGCGAUUAUUAUUGUUUUUGGCUGGUCAUACACUGCAUUCCAAAGGAGAAAGAUGUCAAAGAUGAAGAAGAAGUUUUUCCAGGAAAAUGGUGGAUUAGUUCUACAGCAGCGACUUACACGGGAAGAGGGAUCAAGUCAUAAUAGUACAAUAAAGAUUUUCACAGCGGAAGAGCUAGAAAAGGCAACUAAUGGCUUUGACAAAGAUAGAGUUGUUGGUCAAGGAGGUUUUGGAACUGUGUACAAAGGAUAUCUGAAAGAUAAUUGCAUCGUUGCCAUCAAAAAAUCUAAGGUAAUUGAUCGCAAUCAGAUCGAACAAUUCAUAAAUGAAGUCCUUGUCCUUUCCCAAGUCAACCAUAGAAAUGUGGUUAAGCUCUUAGGUUGUUGCCUCGAGACGGAAGUUCCACUAUUGGUGUAUGAAUUUAUCAGCAAUGGAACACUUUCUGAACACUUGCAUGAUAAAUUGAAGGCAUCGAAUCUUUCUUUGGAUAUUCGUCUGAGAGUUGCUGCAGAAACUGCAGGAGUACUUUCCUACUUGCACUCAGCAGCUUACCCUCCUAUUAUCCAUAGAGAUAUUAAGUCAGUCAACAUUCUUCUUGACAAAACCUACACAGCCAAAGUGUCUGAUUUCGGAGCAUCCAGGUUGGUUCCUGCUGAUCAAACAGAGUUAUCUACAUUGGUUCAAGGAACUCUAGGAUAUCUAGAUCCUGAAUACUUGCAAACAAAUCAACUCAAUGAAAAAAGUGACGUAUACAGUUUUGGAGUAGUGCUUGUAGAGCUCCUAACAGGUAGAAAGGCCCUGUGUUUCGAAAGACCAGCAGAAGAGAGAAGUCUAGCUCAAUAUUUCGUAUCUUCAGUGGAGAAGGGUCUUUUGCUCGAUAUUCUAGACGACAAUAUAGUUUAUGAUAAGACAAAUGAAGAGAAAUUGAAAAAUGUUGUUAAGCUUGCACAGAGGUGCCUAAAUGUUAAAGGGGAUGAACGACCUACAAUGAAGGAAGUUGCAGCAGAAUUGGAAGCUGGGUUGAGAUUGAAGUGCUCGUGGGCUGAAACUGAUCGACAUUCAGAGGAAAAAGAGUCCUUACUGCCUGGCACACAAAGAUUGAGAUUUGGAUACGAAUAUAGUGAACACAGUACGGAUGCUGAUAGUAUAACGAGUCAUGUAACUUUACCUUUUCCUGGAGGAAGGUGAUCGAUCAUGCAUGUUGAUUUUUCUCAACAAUAUAAACUCAGAACGGCCACGGCUUCAACAUGAAUUUCUUUUUUGUCAUGGGCAUGUUAGAAAUAAGAACCAAGUUUGAUUUAGUUGCAUCUCUUUUAUUUGUCCAGAGACAGUAAAUUUGAGUAACAAAUUAUGUGCUUAUUUAUGUAUCCUUGUAAUA